AUCGAAGGCGACAAAGAGUUUUGUUGUCGGUUCGCGAAUGCCUCGCAAGAGGAUUGAAAUUCACAAAGGAUAAACGGGUGACGCAUUUCAUUCGUAAGUAACGAUAUUGCAUUAUUAUCUCACGCGCGCGAAUAAAAGUAUAAAGUCCCCCCUCCUCUUCCCUCCAUCGUAAACUAUGUAAACACAAAUAAAGCAAAGAUGGGUCGUGUGUACUUGCGGCCGUAUGUCACAGAUUACCGCAGGUUAUCGCGCUCGUGUGAGUGUACAAGGUGGGCACACUUUUACAAUACAUGAUGUGGAUCUUUGCAAACGAGUGUAUACAUGCUCGCGGCCUCCUAUAUAUGACGUGAUACCGAUACACAUGCAAGAAGGUCUAAGAAGAUAUCGCUAAGUGGCUGCCGAUAUACGGAACGGCAGAUCAGUUCAAAACCACCUGUCCCAGAAGGUGGAACAAUCCGUGGAAAUUAUUAUCAGUGUAUCGCGUAUUUAAUUUAAUCGCCGCGGGGCUUGAAUUCCUUAAAUCCUGAAGAAGAGAUGGAUCGUAUUAAGAGAAAGAGGAAAAGGAUGGGUGGUGAAAAGAAAGUGCUACUGUCCAUCGUCGAUCCUUGGGAUGUGAAGGUGGCCAGUGUCAAUCCGGUCGGAUUGGCCGAACGACGGGGCGUCUCCCUGUCCAUUCUACCCUCUGAACAAGAUGAGGAUAUCAGUCUAGUAUGGUCGACCUUAAGCAAAUCUGUCAUCAAGACACCAUCGCCCUGGUACAAGCCUGGUAGCGGCUCGAGUCACGUCAAUCCCGCCAAGUCCGAAGAAUCGGCGCUGAUCGAUCCGAUCUGGCUGAAUUCUCGGUAUUCGCCGCGAAGAUCACCCAUCAAUGCGACUGACGACUCUCCGUCUUCGAUUCCGUCCAGAGAAACAUUACGAGAUAGUAAGCAAAAAACCGACGACGACAAGGCGAGCGAGGUCGACAAUGGAUUAAUCAACGGCUCGCAGGAAAUUAGUCGCAACGGUUUCGACGAUGUGAACGGUACAGCGGCGGUACGAGUGCGUUUUGAGAUCGAUAGAACAGCGGAGCCGUGGCGGAAUGGAGUGCGAUGUGUCGCGAACGGGCAAGGUAUCGAUGAUGCGUCGCGAGUGUUGACGAAAAAUUGGAACGCGAACGAUAAUUAUUUGAAACCCGAGCAACGGACGAUCGCGGAAAGACAGAAAGAUUCGCGGAGAACGGACGAUACAAAAACCGACAAGAGAAAUGCGAACAGCUAUCGUGACGAUUCUGGACUAAUUGAGAAGAAGUCAACGACUGUCGAUAUCGUUCAGCACUUGGUGGUAUCCAGGAGGUACAAUCCGCAAACCGCGAAGGAGAGGAGAUUAAAAAGGAUGCCAUCAUGUCGUCGACAAGAAGCUUCAAAGGAAACAGAUUCAGUGGACAAAUCGAACGACGAUGCGAAUGCGUUUGUUAACGAAGUCAAACGAGAGAAUAAUCAAGAAGUGGUCGACGAGACAAACACGGUGAAAGGAUUGCCGCAAGUGACAGUGCUACGCGCUACGAAUAUAAGGAAGACUAGCAUCUCGAUGCCCAGCAAUCUCGACGAGAUGGACGAUCUUCGAAUAGACAGACAAAACGGGACCGGGGUUUCGAAAUUCGCGAGAGCGGAGAGCGAGACCAGCAGCAGCGUGACUUUCAGCAACAGCGGCUCGACGCCGAAUGGAAGCCCCUUGGGAUCCGACACGGAGGAAGAAGCAAAUGACGAGGAGUUGGCCAAGGUGCCAUUGCAAGCUCCACCGCGAAGGAAAAGUAGAGUCAUGCAACCGUCGAUGAACGAAAAAAUGGGAAACGACGCUACGGAACUUUCGGGUGGGCAAAGUGCGAAUUCCACGAUAACUAGCGUAAACAGCAUUAGCAGUCUCUUGAAGGAGAAAUUGCAAUUGUCAUUACCGCAAGCACUGCGAAACAGUGCAAGACGUCAGAACGCCGACUACAGGCUUAGAGCAUUUGUCGGCUUUCUCUUCCUGUGCGUCGUUUUCCUCGUGGGAUUCGCACACAUUUAUUAUAACCAGCAUGUCUUACAACGAGCAUACUUUGACAAAUUCAGGUUUAAUAAAAAUGAAAGAAUGAUGACAGUCUACAGUAGUUCCGGCGGGGAGAUCAUCGCCGCUCGGCUCGGCGAGGGUAUUCCACCGGACACGGGAGUGUAUCCCUGCCUUCCGCAUCAUCAACGGCAGGACUCGGUCUGCCUCGAGUGGCUGCAGCAGACGCGGCUCUAUCUCGCGCACACAAAGCACGAGGACAUGCACUGCUAUCACGUAACCUGGCAGAGUCUGAGUCCCUACUACAAUCCCAAGGACUGCUUCGACUGGUCCUCGAAGAGAGGCCACUGGUACGGAGCCGGUCAAAUUCAGAACAUGGCGUAUCCCCUGGAACGAGGUCGCCUGGAGCUCAGUCCUUUUAUCACGGGCGACGUGAGGAAACAUUCCUUCGGCAAUGUGUUGAAAAGAUAUUUUCUUAACUCGAAGGGCGCUACGAUUCUGGUGGAUGCCGAGACGCCGUUGUACGUCUCCAUUAACGCCAAUCGAACCAACGACUUUUGCCUUCAAGCCAAACAUGACGCUUUUGCUUACAUCAAUCAUCUGACGCCUCUACCCCAGCUCAACUAUACCAUUUGCGCCACCGACAACAUGAAGACUUUACACUCUUUGAUGGCGGAAAAGUCUCUGUGGGAUGGUUUGAAGCCCGAUGAGCUGCACGCCGUUCAUUCGCUGUUGUCCGAACCAGUCUGGCAGAUUUCGCCUAUCAACGAGGCGGCUAUUUAUAAUUACACGGAGGACGUGAUCGCGCUGGGAUUUCUUCGUCAAGGUCACGUUCUGCUUAGCGAGGAAUGGCAGCCGAGUCCGGGAGAUUUUGUCCUGGACGAGGAGCGAUUUCCCUCCAUGGAGGAGACUAUUAAUAUCAUCCAUCGCAGAGGAUUUCGAAUAGUCUUCAGCAUCCAGCCGUUUAUCUCCACGGAAUCCGUGAACUUCAAGGAUGCUGUCGCUAACAGAUUACUCAUCUCGGAGAGAGGAAGCGAUCCUCGGAUUCCGGCGUUGACGAGAUACAAGCAAAGUAACAGCGCCGGUGUGCUUGACAUCACGAAUAACAAGACUUUACCUUGGCUGCAAACAAAGCUCGAGAGCUUGAUCAUGAAGUAUCAUGUUGACUCGUUUUACCUCGACCUGGGUACCGCUCAGGACAUGCCGCACUAUUACAAAUGCCAGGAACCGCUUACCAAUCCCGAUCAUUACAAGACCAUCUUCACCCGCUCGAUACUGAGCACCAUUCCCGUGAUCGGCGUGUCCAGCGCCAUUUCCAGGCCACGAGCCCCCGUCUUCGUGUCCUUGCCACCCUUUCCGUCAUCCUGGAAGGCUAUCAAGACCGUCAUCCCCACCGUGCUCAGCUACGGCAUGAUCGGCUACCCCUUCAUCAUGCCGGGUGCGGUGGGCGGCGACGUGGCGCUUCCGAUGUCGGAUAACAAUCCCGACAACGACUUUGAGGUGGACCUGCCGGACAAGGAGCUCUACAUCCGAUGGCUGCAACUGUCCACUUUCUUACCCGUGAUCCGCUUCACUCAUCUGCCCAGCAAGUACUCGGACGAGUCGGUUCUGGAAAUCGCCAAGCGGUUAACCACCUUGCGGCAGAAGACGGUGACGCCGUUGCUGAAAAAAUACGCGAACGAGACCCUGGACACCGGUCUGCCCAUCAUCAGGCCGCUCUGGAUGCUGGAUCCGGCCGAUCCGGCCUGUCACGUAGUGGUCGACGAGUUCUCCGUCGGCGAGGAGUUGAUCGUCGCGCCGGUGCUUUAUUCCGGCAGCAGACAGAGGGAAGUUUAUCUGCCGGCCGGUGUCUGGAGGGACGGUAUUGACGGGAGUCUGAGGAAAGGCUCGAGAUGGAUUCAUAAUUACAGGGUGGCGGAAGACAAGAUAGCGUACUUCGUCAAGAUGCCGGAUAACACGAGGUUCUAAGGGACGCAUUAUUAUACGGCAUGAUUCAGAUGCCGCAGAAACCACGAGGUCACUCGAUUAAAGCGAUUGUAUUUCACGCAAACGUGCUUCGUGAGCGAUGUUGAGUUUGACGAUUUGAGUUCGAUGAUUUUUUUUUAUUAAUUCGUGCAAUAUAUGAACUGGUUGCUCGGUGAACUGUCAUAAUGCAGGCUAAUGAUCGUGCAGUGAUAAAUAUCUCUUAUGUCGUUUUAAAGUCAUGAAAACUUUGCACGUGCCGAUGCAAUAUUCACUAUUCAAUGAAUGUACCCAAAUAUUACAAAUGAGAUAAUCAAAUAUCUAACGUCUCAUACACUAUAAAGCACACUUCCUUACUGCACUUUCGUACAGCAGGAUAAUUAUACAGUGAUAAAUACUUAACGACUGAAAUCAUUACACGUGCGUUAUAGUCUCAAGCGCGUUGUUCGAUAUAUAUAAUCAAGAGAAACUUUUAAUUAUACAAUAAAAGUAUUCAAAAAAUAUUACUGUAUUCUACAAAUAUGAUAUUAUCAACAAUAUUAUAUUACGAUGCAUAUCAUAAUUGUAUACACAUUGAAAGAUCUAGAACCAAUCUAAUGUAGAUUUAUAAUUUAUGUUGGUAAUUAUAUUUAUUUUAUCUAACAAUAUUUGUAUGGCUUCAUUUUUACCAAUUCCUUGAUAAAUAGUCUAUUAGUGAGACUGAGAGAAAUUUUAGUAAUACGAAUAGAAAUGAAGAAGAAUGUGUGAAUAUACAGAGUUGGUGAGAAUGCAGUCUUGCAGGGCGCAUGAGCUAUUUAUUUUCUCGUUACAAACUUACAUGACAUGUAAAACAGAACACGUGGGCAUGCAGAAGCAGGAUUUCGAAAAUCGGUGUAAUUUCCGAUAAAUUCGAUUUCCGAUGCCGUAACUGCGAAAGAAAAAAAAUGUAUCUCACGUCGCGCGGAGAGACGUGAAUACAGAUUUAUUUUCGCGUGUCCGCGGCAUCCGAAAAUCCGAAGAUCCGCAAUAAGAUUACAUCGGUCUCGAUCCUCGUGCAAAACAUCUCGAAACAGGCGGCUGAUCUACGGUCGAUCGACGAGGAGAAAAAUUAAGACGCGUGAGGCACACAGGCGAAGAGAUUCUAAGGUAUAUAGUGUAUAUUUAUUAUAUUAUUAUUUUUUUUUUUUGUCAUAUAGCAUAACAUUGUUAUUUCUAUAAUAAUAAUAAUAAUAAUAAUAAUAAUAAUCAUAGCACCAUGAACACUCCACAGUAAGUUCUUUUUUUUUUUUUUCUUAAUUCGUUAUUCGAAAAAACGCGACGCGCCGAUGCGCUGCGACGGGUGAGAACCGCGAUUAUACAAUCGUGGAGGGAACUCGAGCGAUGCCGAAACGCGCGUCGAGGAAACGUCCCGAAGGCAUCUGUGAAACGUCCCGGGCACACGUUCCCGAGGGUCCCCUGAAUGCCUUUCCAAAGAUCUUCGGCAAAUUACGCGCGGAUCUCGCGUUACCCUCGUAACGCGCGACAGCAAAACUCUCGCUCGGAUGUGACUAGAUGACCGUCCGUUUUUUUUUUGUUUUUCUUUUUAACGCUUGAGAAACGAGAUUUCUGACUAGAGCCCCGCGAGUAUCCGAGAAAAUUUCCACAACGGAGGAAAGGCGCGAUUUCUUUUUUUUUUUUUUUU